CCAGUCGCUGUAUCCAUCCUGCGAACUGUCCCUCAUAAAUAUGACCUGAUGAUGUCAACAAUGUCGUGGUCCGUUGCACAGAAUUACUGCAGGAUGAUGUACACUGACCUGGCAACGAUCCUAAGUGAUACUGAUUGGUUAAGAUUGAAGAAAGAAGCAGCAAACAAACGUCUGGCAACACCUGCCUGGAUCGGAUUGUCCAAAGAUAUCAAUAGCUGGCGCUGGUCCUUAAAUGACCUCCCACUGAAGAAUGUCACUUUUGCCAAUUGGUACUCUGGACAACCUGAUAAUUAUGGUGGAAAUGAAGCAUGUGGUAUAAUAGCUGGUUAUAAUAAAUGGUAUGAUGUACCAUGUACUCUAAUAAGACCCUUCAUAUGCUACAAUGCUAAUUUCAGUGGCACUAACAAGUUCAUCGGCAUCUCUAGUCCUCUGUUGACCUGGCCUGACGCUCAGGCUUACUGCCGAACACAUCACACAGACUUGGCCAGCUCUCUUAACAGCUCAGAUGAUGACAUGUUAGUGCAGAUUAGGAAUCGCCAGGGUGAUUCCUGGAUUGGGUUAUACAGAGACACGGACACUUGGAAGUGGUCAGAUGGGACCAACACUUCAAACCUCCCAUGGGCUUCUGGACAACCGGAUAAUUAUUACCUCAGUGAGAACUGUGCAGUGCUUUAUAACGGACUGUUCUACGAUGAACGAUGCACCAACCUGCGCUAUUUCUUCUGUCACACCAUUUCUCCAAUGAGGAGUCAGAUAAUGAUACUGCAGGUGAAGUCUGAUGGGAGUGUGUUUGAUCCUGCUGUGCAGUCGUCCAUUUUAGAGAAGAUCAAUCAGAAACUGGAGGAAAAUGGCAUGUUGGAGAACACCACAGUGACCUGGAAGGCGCAGCCAGAUGGAAACAUCUUCCACAAGAAAAAAAAGGAUGAUCUGUAACUAAACCUGUAAGACAAAAACACUACAGCUGUAAAACUAAACCCCUUAAACUGUAUCCUGUAAUGUCUAAAGGCUCACCUUCAAGUCAAGUAGAUUGCAAACUGAAAGAAAUUUUAUUUAUCAUACAGCAUUUAAGCUCCAGCUGAGUAGGGAGUUUCAGAGACAAAGAUAGAGGAAUAAUCAUAUCAUUUUAUUGCUCUGUUUGUAACACAGGGACACUGUGGCUUAGUGUUUAGCACUGUUGCCUUGCAUCUGCGGGGUUAGC